UGCUCGGCCGGGCGCGCUGCAGCCGCCUCCGCAGCCACCGAGGGAGCGCCGCCGCCGCGCCCCCCGUCGAGCCUCCCGGCGGGCCGCUGCGGGCCGUCCCCGCCGGCCUGCCCGCGCCGCCCGCCGCCCUCCCGCCGCCCCUUCCCCGCGGCCCGCGCUGAACACAUGAGGUUUUUCAGGCUGACCUUCAAGUGCUUCGUGGAUUGCUUCUGAGCCGCGCGCCCCGCCGCCCAGCCCCGCCGCCCUCGCCCGCCCGCCCGGCCGGCCCCGAGGGUCUCCCGCGCCCCUCCGGCCCGCUGCCGGCCUCCUCCCGCCGCGCCGCGCCGCCCCGACCCGCGCCGCCUGGAGGGGGGCGCCCGGGCGCCAUGGCCAAGGGGGCCUCGUCGGAGAGCGGCGGCGUGUUCAGCGUCUCGGCGGAGCAGCAGGAGAAGCAGCCGCGCAGGGGGCGACCUGCCGCCGAGCUGCCUGCCCCGGCCCUGGCCCUGCCGCCCCCCGCCCGGGAGACCUGGACGCGCCAGAUGGACUUCAUCAUGUCCUGCGUGGGCUUCGCCGUGGGGCUGGGCAACGUCUGGCGCUUCCCCUACCUGUGCUACAAGAACGGCGGAGGUGUGUUCCUCAUCCCUUACCUUCUUAUUGCCCUCAUUGGCGGGAUUCCCAUCUUCUUCCUGGAAAUUUCCUUGGGGCAGUUCAUGAAGGCGGGGAGCAUCAAUGUGUGGAACAUCGCACCACUUUUCAAAGGGCUGGGGUUUGCCUCUAUGGUGAUCGUCUUCUUCUGCAACACCUACUACAUCAUGGUGCUUGCGUGGGGUUUCUACUACCUGGUGAAGUCUUUCGCAGCCACCCUGCCCUGGGCAACAUGCGGGAACCCCUGGAACUCUCCUGAGUGCAUGGAGAUCUUCCGGCACGAGGACUGCGCCAACGGUACCGGCGCUGGCAACCUUACCUGCAACGAGCUCUCCGACAAGAGGUCGCCCGUGAUCGAAUUCUGGGAGAACGAGGUGUUGCGUCUUUCAGAAGGCCUGGAGUUCCCCGGGGCCAUCAACUGGGAAGUGACCCUCUGCCUCAUGGCCUGCUGGGUCCUCGUUUACUUCUGCGUCUGGAAGGGCGUCAAAUCCACUGGCAAGAUUGUGUACUUCACUGCUACAUUCCCUUACGUGGUGCUUAUUAUCCUGCUCAUCCGAGGGGUGAUGCUGCCGGGCGCUCAGGACGGGAUAAUCUACUAUCUCCAACCUGACUGGUCCAAACUGGCCUCCCCUCAGGUGUGGAUUGAUGCCGGGACCCAAAUCUUUUUCUCAUAUGCCAUAGGAUUGGGGGCUCUCACUGCCCUGGGCAGCUAUAACCGGUUCAACAACAAUUGUUAUAAAGAUGCCAUCAUCCUGGCGCUAAUCAAUAGUGGGACCAGUUUCUUCUCCGGCUUUGUGGUUUUCUCCAUCCUGGGCUUCAUGGCUGCAGAGCAAGGAGUCGACAUUGCCAAGGUGGCUGAAUCCGGGCCCGGGCUGGCCUUUAUCGCGUACCCACGAGCUGUCACGCUGAUGCCUGUUGCCCCCCUCUGGGCUGCCCUCUUUUUCUUCAUGCUCCUGCUUUUGGGCUUGGAUAGCCAGUUCGUGGGCGUUGAAGGCUUUAUCACCGGCAUCCUGGAUUUCUUCCCGGCUGCCUAUGCCUUCCGGUUCCAGAGAGAGGUCACUGUGGCUGUUUGCUGCGUCAUCUGCUUCUUCAUCGAGCUUUCCAUGGUGACUGAGGGGGGCAUGUAUGUCUUUCAGCUCUUUGACUACUACUCGGCAAGUGGCACUACUCUGCUGUGGCAGGCCUUCUGGGAGUGUGUGGCGAUCGCCUGGGUGUACGGUGCUGACCGCUUCAUGGAUGACAUCGCCUGCAUGAUUGGCUAUCGGCCCUUCCCGUGGAUGAAGUGGUGCUGGAUGUUCCUGACCCCUCUUGUCUGCCUGGGCAUUUUCCUCUUCAACGUGGCCUACUACAAGCCAUUGAUCUACAACAACACCUACAUCUACCCCUGGUGGGGAGAAGCGAUCGGCUGGGGCUUUGCACUCUCCUCUAUGUUGUGUGUCCCUCUCACAGCCCUCUACAAACUCAUCCGUGCUAAGGGAUCACUGGCUGAGCGUUGGCACCACCUCACCCAGCCGAUCUGGGGACUGCACCAUCUGGAAUACAAGGUGCCCGAAUUAGAGGACGGCGCUCUGACCACCCUGACCCCGGUCUCGGAUGGAAGUGCCAAAGUGGUCAUCCUGGAGAGCGUCAUGUGAUGGCUGUCCGCCCUCCGUACCCCAGCAAGGAAGGGCACUGUUUUUUCUGAGCCACCCAAUUCCUGGCGGCCAAAGAGGGAAAGGUGUACAGUUCACCUGCCAAGUGUUCAGGUGGGGAGGGGCAGGGUUCCUGGCACAGUGAGAAAAGGUAUGGCUGGCUCUUUAUCCGCUCCCUACCUCCUCCUCUCCGGUGCCAGAGUGAAGCCUGGCAUGGAUCACCAGACCCGUACAUGCAAGUGGGAUG